UACCCGUGUGAAUGAAGCGAUUCGACACUGGAACUUAGCGAGCUCACAUUCUGGGCUUUUAUCGCUGGAGUUUUUACACAGCGGCCCUGGACUUAACGAAGAAAUGGCUGCUGUGGUGGCCACGUAGAUAUAUUUUGCGUUUCGUAUUUGUUUUUGUAUUUUAUUUUCGUCAUAAGGAGGAAGCACUCAGUGCUGGCGUUAGCCUAUGCUAACUCGCGUUCAGUUUCGCUGUCCUGCGGUUUUCCUGCUCUCAUUUCUGGAGGAAUUAAUGCAGACCCUGUCGAGAUAAACCAUGGAGUGUUGAAGAGUGCACUAACAUCGGAUAAUUUCGCUAAAAAAAACACUUAUGCCAAAGUCAGAGGUGUCUCACUACUGCUUGUAGCAUGUUAGCGGUUUGGCUAGUGAGUGUCAGGUGAUAUUGAACUCUUGAGAGGAAUUAUAGCCUUCUAAUUAAGCCGAGAAACUGAUCAAAUAGAUUAAAUAUAAUAUUUGCGUCCCUUCUGAUUGGUUUUACGCCUAACGAUUGGUGAUUCAGGCUAAAAUGGAGUCGUUCAGCUGUCAGCGUUAGCGCUAUUGCUGUUUAAACACACGGUUUGUUUACAGUUCUAAAAAUAUUCGCAUCCCAGUUACGUUUUCAUUGAAGUGCUAUUGAACCAUUUGCUGGACAUUUAUCUCUCUCUACUGUCAUUUUUUUAGACUCAAUAUAAUGUCAAAGCUGCUUUUGGCAAGCUAACAUACCUAUGCUAACAUUAGCUGAAGUGGUAUGGUUUAAAGCCAAAUCCACUGAGACAUUUGUCAGCGUUCCUUUAUUUAAACGAUUCACUGCUUACAGAUGAUGCUUAGAGUUUUUCCUCCUCCAGCUGUAGAUAUCAGCUACUGCCAUACAAGAACAUUUUGAGAGGAUAUUAUGACCGUUUAGGCCUGGAGAUGGCUGUAGGUUCAAAUAAAUCAGCAGUCAGUUAAGAUAUAAAACUCUAAACCGUGUAAUGUAUGCAUAUCUCUCCUUGGGGAACGGGAACGUUUUACAGAUUUGUGCAGAAAAAACUAGAAAUGUAAUUCUCAGGACUCUGAAGCUGUAUACCAUAUUUACAAUAGUUGCAAAAGCAUAGAAAGCCAAUGAAGACAUUAUAACUUACUGCCUGUCUUUUCUCUGCUUUGCCUUUAAUAGUAUGAAGAUUGCAGGUGAUCAAUGAUCGUAUACAUAUCUGUUAUCAUCUCUAAAUUUAGUUAAAUAUUUUAUAGCCCCCUAAACAAAACCUGAUUCCUCAUUUGCAUUUUCUAGAAAACCCAUAUUAGGCUUCUUUAUCUAAAUCAGACAAACGUCUCAUGCCUUAGUAACGGCCACAGAUAGGUUAAAAUGACCAUAUUCAAAAUAGCCUGUUGAUCUUAAGUAUGUCAUCAGAACAGCUGAUUUAUUUAUGGAAUUGUGUUUGUUUAAAGUGCUGGAAAGUCGUAAAGAAACCAAACCAAGCAGUUUUGAUGAUUCCUCAGGAUUAAUGUUUUCAUGUAGCCCUUGGGUCACAGUUGUGCCAAAAACUUUUGAUGAACUGCACUACAAACGGGUCUGCUGGAGGAGCAUGCAAACAAACAGUUGAUACUAAAAGAACACAGGUCUGAAGUUGUUCUGGAACGUCUCGCUUUCUGAUCAUUCUUUCAUAACCAGUCCACCCUGAGGUUCCCAAUGGAAGUGCCGCACUAGAAACUUUGACAAGGGAACUUCAAGAUCUCUGGGUUGUCUCAUCCAGAAGCGAUAAGAUGGGCUCUCAGGCUCUUCAGAUAUUGCGGCAGGGAGUGUGGGCAUCUCUGACUGGAGGAUGGUACGUGGACCCUCAUCAGAGUACCUUCUCGAACUGCUUUCAUCUCUACCUCUGGAUAUUCCUCUUGGCCUUCCCGUUUCUUCUGUACAUGGCCCUUCCUGCCAGUUUAGUGGUGGCUGGUGUGUACUGCGCUGUGAUAGCGGCCUUCUUUACGGCCAUAAAAGCAGUGAACUUCCGACUACAUGCCAUGUUUGACCUGGGCGAGAUUGUGCAGAAGAGGCAGGCCUCGUUCACCACAGACCCCAAUAGAGUGGAAGAAGGAGAGGAAGGCUCUGGCGCUCACGACGGAAGCCAGCGCAGGGACAGUGGUGUCGGUGUGGAAAUGACGGUGUUCCGAAAGGUGAACUCCACCCCUCCUGUACGCUGCAGUUCCCAGCACUCACUAUUCGGAUUGAACCAGGUGUCGGAAUUUUUACCACAGCUUGAAGACCCUGGAGGCUCAAAGGAUAUAAAAGAGCUCAUGCAGGAGCAGGGCAGUAAUAUGAUUGUGACUUCUACAUAUAGAGACGUCCUUCGACACAACUCUCAGGACAACACUAGUGUGGCGCCAAUCUGCUUGGCUGGGGAUUACAGAGGGCUAAUUGGUGUGGGUGAUGUAUUGUUGGGAGGGUUUAGUAGCCUGCAACCAACAAAUUGUCCUUCCAUCCCGCCGUCCCCAUCCAGCCAAGAAGAUGGAGAUGAGAAGGACCAGGUGGAUAAUGGGGGUGCGGAGCAACUAUCUCAGCAGAGCCCCGAUGGGGAUGGUCAAGGAAGCUACUCCCCCCAUGGACCUUCAGCUGAGUCUGAGAGUCUGAGAGAUGCUCCUCUCAGCCCUCUCAUCAAGAGUAGCUUGAGCGAGGAGCUAAGCGAGAACUUGUUGGGCUUGGGCCUUGACCCUGUCACUUUUGCUCCUGGUGCUGAGCACCCAGGCAGCCGCACCGGGGUAGCCCUGGCUGCAGGAUCCACUGACAGCUGCUUCAGUGGAGGUGGAGCGGCCACAGACAGAGAGACUCUUAGUACAGUCAGUAGCUACCGCAGUGAGAAAACAGACUCAACCCAGCUUGAGAGCCCUUCGCUGGGCCAGACGCAUAAACUCGUGUCUAACGCUCCUUCCACAGCUUUGCCUCAGGGUAAAGGCGCCUAUCAGCAGCCUGGAGAUGUGCUCCAAGGUGGUAGUGACACGGAUGACCUGUCAGACAGCGUGCUGCUACGAUCACCCUCCAAAGAACUCUCCUCUGGGCAGGGCCUGGACAGAACUCUGGUGGAGGGAGAGGACCUUCCCCCUUUGCUUACGGACAUUGCACAGCCCUCCUUGCGGGACUCAUCACCGUCUAGCAGCGGGCCUUCUGAGACCUGCGAUCUUGAUGGUGGCAUCCCCAUACCCCCUCUUCCUCCUCCACGCCAGGCCUGCUCUGUACCAUCAGGGUUGACACUGGGCUUGGUCUGCUCAGAGCCCGCUCUGCCGGUCUCUGCCCCGUCCUACCUCCUAGCAGAGCCGCCGUCUCUGCAAGCGCAGCAGCAGGUAGUGCGACCUAAAGAUCUGAAACUGCUACGUGCUGGUGGCAGUGUGGGUCACCGACCUGGUCGCAGGAAAGCUCCCCGCAAACGGGGCACUGCUGGCAGUAGCAGUUUCGACUGUGGCUCCUACCGCCGGCACCACAACCGUGGCCAACACAGAGACUACAUCCCUGUACGCAGUCGGCUGGGUGCCAAAGCCUAUAGCGAGAGCUUGUUCGAGGACUCCAGCGAUGAAGAUGACGGCAGCGACAUGAGUGCUGGCUCUAGUCUUGGAUCCCAACGUCACUUCAGCUCUGACGACGAAGACGAUGAUGAAGAUGACGAUUCUAGCUCCUCUACCUCCUGCUACUCCCCCGAUCUGGCAAAUACCGGCAUCGCUUCCCAACCUGUCCCCCCUCAACUACCUAGCCCUGGAGAGGGGGAGGAGGCUGGCACAGUAGGACCCUCCCAUUCUCGCAGUGCUCAGCGCUCAGCAAGCACAGCCAGUGCCAAGACUCAUGCCAGAGUGCUCAGCAUGGAUGGGGCCGGUGGAGGCUCCAACAACACAGGGGCCCUUGCAUCUACUAUGCUACCUUUACCCCUUUCUUCUACUCCUGCCCCACGUCCACUCACCAUCUCUAAAUCAGAUCUGGAGGCUCGGACAGUGCGCUCAGAGGGCUUCUCCAGAGCCCACCAUAGGUUAGACUCUCUUGGCGGCUCCUGGGCUGGGAACCAGAUGGGCUGGAGGGCAGGAGAGCUGCUGGAAGAGGGGGCAGUAGGAGGAGCCCCAGAGGAGGGAAGUAAACGUGACUCUGUGAGCAGUGUAAAAAGGACACAGGCCAUUCGCAGGCGUCAUAAUGCUGGUAGUAACCCCACCCCACCCCCUUCUGCCAUGGGCUCUCCUCCGAGUCUUCAAGACCUUCAGAGAGUCCGCACUUCCUCUCACUCCCGCACACGAACGCUCCCCUCUGCUCUGCACUUUGCUGCCUCAUCCUUGCUGCUGCUGCCCCGCAGCGGUGUUCACGAGGCAUCCACCUUCGAUGACACCUCAGAGGGAGCUGUGCACUACUUUUAUGAUGAGAGCGGAGUAAAGAGGUCUUAUACUUUUGGGCCUGCUGGUGGAGGAUAUGAGGACCCAGUCCAGGAGCGAGAGCGACAAUCGCAGUCCUCUAGCUUUACCUCCACUGAUGUCCAGGAGGUGGCGCCAGUGCUGUCCAUGCUGCAGCCCAGACCGGUGGUCCUCCAGGGCAUGCAGGUCCGCAGGGUGCCUCUGGAUAUGCCAGAGUUUGACCUAGAUCAUGAGUCCCCUCACGAAUCCCAGGAGAACACAUUGAUGAUUGAGGAAAAGGCCAAGCCUAAACAGUAUUACCGUUUCUGGGUGCUGCCGGGGAAAUGGCUAAGAGUUCAUUACGACAGGCUUGCUUUGCUAGCCUUACUGGACAGGAACCGACGAGUUGGGGAGAAUGUUUUUGCGGUGGUGUUGGCCAGCUUAGUGGCGUUCCUUGGCUUCCUGUUGCUUCUCCAGGGCUUUUUUAGGGACAUCUGGGUCUUCCAGUUCUGCCUAGUCAUUGCCAGCUGUCAGUACAGCUUGCUAAAGAGUGUGCAGCCCGAUGCAGCAUCUCCGAUGCAUGGCCAUAACUGGAUCAUAGUGUACAGCCGACCAGUGUAUUUCUGCUUGUGUUGUGUGCUGAUCUGGGUAUUUGACCUGGUUGGCCACUCGGACAAUAUGAGGCCUUUCACCCUCUACGGGGUCACCUUCUUCUCCGCCCACUUUCUGCUCUGCGCUAGAGAUAUGCUCAUAGUGUUCUCCCUCUGUUUUCCCAUCAUCUUCCUGUUUGGGUUUCUACCUCAAGUCAACACGUUCCUCAUGUGUUUGUUGGAACAGGUGGACAUGCACAUUUUCGGUGGAACUGCAACCACAAGCCCCCUGUCCUCAGUCUAUAGUCUCUUGCGCAGUAUAUUGGUGGCGGCUCUGGUUUAUGGAUUUUGCCUUGGUGCCAUCAAUUCUCCGUGGGGAGAGGCACAUGUUCCGGUACUCUUCUCUGUUUUCUGUGGCCUCCUCCUGGCCUUGUCCUAUCAUCUGAGCAGGCAGAGCAGCGACCCAACCAUCUUCUGGUCUCUAGUCCGCUCCAAGUUCUUCCCAGAGCUGGAGAGCCGAACACCAGAAGAGCCCCCAUUAGAGAUUAAAGACCCUCUCCCAGAGAAAUUGCGCAAUUCUGUGAAAGAGACUCUUCACUCAGAUCUGGUCAUGUGCCCUCUUAUGGCCAUUAUCACCUUCGCCAUUAGUGCCAGCACCGUCUUUAUUGCUCUGCAGCCCGCUCUAAGUUACGUCCUGUACAUCUUGGCUGGGGUGGUGGGGUUCUUAACACACUACCUCCUGCCUCAGCUCCGAAAACAGCUGCCCUGGUUCUGCUUGGCCCACCCUGUGCUGCGCUCCAGAGAAUACAGCCAGUUUGAGGUCCGAGAUGCUGCUCAGCUCAUGUGGUUUGAGAAGCUGUAUGCUUGGCUGCAGUGUGUGGAGAAGUAUUUCAUCUAUCCGGCUGUAGUGCUCAACUCCCUCACCACUGAAGCUCACACUGUCAGCCAAAACCCUGACAAACCUGGAGCCUAUGGCCGUGCUCUAUUCAUCUCAGUGGCUGGAAUGAAGCUACUUCGUUCGUCCUUCUGUAUCCCAUCUCAGCAGUAUGUCACUCUGUGCUUCACCGCCCUCUUCUUCCAAUUCGACUACCCACGCUUUUCACAGACCUUCCUCCUCGACUACUACUGCAUGUCCAUCCUCUUCAGCAAGCUGUGGGAUCUGCUGUAUAAGCUGCGUUUUGUGCUGACCUACAUUGCACCUUGGCAGAUCACAUGGGGUUCUGCUUUCCAUGCCUUCGCUCAGCCAUUUGCCGUUCCCCACUCAGCCAUGCUGUUUGUACAAGCUGUGUUUUCUGCUCUCUUUUCCACUCCUCUCAACCCUGUGCUGGGCAGUGCUGUUUUCGUUACUUCAUACACCCGACCUGUGAAGUUCUGGGAGCGAGACUACAACACCAAACGGGUGGAUCACUCCAACACACGUCUGGCCACACAGCUGGACCGCAACCCUGGUGCUGAUGAUAACAAUUUGAACUCUAUCUUCUACGAGCAUCUGACGCGCUCUCUGCAGCACUCACUGUGUGGGGACCUUCUGCUGGGCCGCUGGGGAAACUACAGCACCGGAGACUGCUUCAUCCUGGCCUCCGACUACCUCAACGCUCUCGUACACAUCAUAGAGAUCGGCAACGGCCUCGUCACUUUCCAGCUCAGAGGCUUGGAGUUCAGAGGAACAUAUUGCCAGCAGAGGGAGGUGGAGGCAAUCACUGAAGGGGUGGAGGAAGAUGAAGGCUGUUGCUGCUGUGAACCAGGUCAUCUCCCCCACAUGCUCUCCUUCAACGCGGCCUUUGGCCAGCGCUGGUUGGCUUGGGAGGUGGCCGCCACCAAAUAUGUGCUGGAAGGCUACAGCAUUAGCGACAACAACGCAGCUUCCAUGCUUCAAGUAUUUGACCUGCGCAAAAUUCUCAUCACAUAUUAUGUCAAGACUGCUCCAGGUGUACGGAUGUCCCUCAAACUACACCAGGAUCACUUCACCUCUCCUGAUGAGUAUGAGGACCCAGGGGUGCUGUACGAUGCCAUCACUGCUAAUGAAGAUAAGAUGCUGAUAUCUCACGAAGGCGACCCUGUGUGGCGCAGCGCUAUCCUGGCCAACAUGCCUUCUCUGCUUGCUCUCCGCCACGUUAUGGAUGACGGAAGUGACGAGUACAAGAUCAUCAUGCUGAACAAACGCUUCCUCAGCUUCAGAGUCAUCAAGGUGAACCGGGAGUGUGUGCGCGGGCUGUGGGCCGGACAGCAGCAGGAGCUGGUCUUCCUGCGGAACCGGAACCCUGAACGCGGCAGCAUCCAGAAUGCCAAACAAGCCCUGAGGAACAUGAUUAACUCGUCCUGUGACCAGCCCAUCGGAUACCCUAUCUAUGUCUCCCCACUCUCCACCUCCUACGCUGGGGCCCAUGUUCAGCUACGUUCUGUCUGGGGAGGCCCCAUCAGCCCUCACAACAUUUACACGUGGUUCAUCAGCAGCUGGGACAGGCUUCAGAAGGGUUGUGGUGCCGGAUGUAACAGUGGGGGGAACAUUGAGGAUUCAGAUUGUGGUGGCGGCUCUACCUCCAUCAGUAACAACCCUGCAGCUCAUCCUCCCCAGAACACAGCGUCCAGCAUCCCUCAGCCUCAUCCCACUAUUGUACAGACCUCAAUGGGGACUGACAACCCCGUUGGGCCUUCCUGGCCGCUGCAUCCCCAGCCCCUCCCACUUGCCCUGCUCAGCCAAUCAGAAGGCAGGAUGGAUGCUGGGUUGGUUAGCUCCUUGCACCGCACCUCUUCCAUCCAUGGGCUUUUGGGGCAACACCUGUCCAGCUCCCAGCUGUCUUUCAGUAGUUCAGUGGCCCUGCCGCCUGCAGACCGCUUCUGCCCCAGUAGCCUGCAGGAUAACCCCAGUCACAGGGCGUCUCAGAGGGGCCUAAGCCUGGGACAUGGUAGCGGGCUGCCCUAUGAGGCUCUGUACAGCAAAUGGAGUCUGUCAGGGAGGAAAGGAUUCAAUGGACCUGCUGUAAUGGAAGGGGACAGCUCAGCAUCACAGAGCAUACGCACACAGCCUUCGCAGCCUCCCCUCCCUGUCCUGCCCUCGGAUGCCAGCCCAACACUGGAUCCAAUGGGAGCAGUCAUACCCUCUGAGACCACGCCCCUUACAUCAUCAGACCCGCCCAGUGCACGGAAGGAGUCUACAGAACUGCCUUUACUUGAGCACCUCCGCUGAGCCUGCACAGCUGGGAUCAGACGAGCCCAUGGUCAUCCUCGCCAUCCAGAGAGAGCGAGCUAGGAGGACUUCAAGCUGACCUUAUCAACCCUUUUUAUAAUUCAAGCAUCUUCAGUCAGUUCUGCGUAUAUUAGGAGGUUUCUCGCAAGUCUCCUUAAUAAACACAUCACCAGAUACAGAAGCACACUAGAAGAGUGCUGCGUUAAGUAAUGAACUCUGGACUGAGCUCUCCUAAGCUUCUUUGGCUACUGUUCUGGCCUCCAGGCCUAAAAGCCAAAAAAAGUGGCCAGUCAGUGCAAUCUUAAGGGAUUUUCUUCUUUUCUUAGAUAAAGAGGGUCAGGUCAUUAAAUCAAAGCGAAUCGGUGACCUGUACCACCAGCAGUAACAAAAAGGGAACUCUUCUCUCCUCUGUAGCAGCCUUGAACCUACUCAAGCUUUCGUUUUUACACCUACGCAUCCAGUCCUUCGCUACGCAUCAGCCGUAUUGUGCAGGAUUUCUCCCUUUGAGGCCCAGAGCUUUCCACCACACAAGCCACUGUCCUUUCAAGACCAAAGGACUCGAUUUUGAUUCCCCCUCACUGAGCCGUCAUUUCCUAGCUCACACAUUCCAGCAAAGACAUUCGAUCGUGUCACCCAUCACCGCACGACCGUUCUUCAGCGAGCUUCAGGGAUAAGACUUGAAUAUAAUCACACAAAUACUCGCUCACAUGCACACUUCCCUUAGCACCUGGUGCUCCCUGCGUAGUUUACAGCCGGCUCAGGUGAGGACGGAGGGGCCUGAGAUUCAUAGGACAGUUGGGACAAAGAAGACGUCAUCAAACCGGUGGUCUGUCUCUUUUUCUUUUCUUUGUACAUCCCACAGGCAAUCAGACUACCUACUAAAUUCCUAAACUGCUCCCUACCGAUUGGGCUCUGAUGGUGAUGUAGUGGGCCGGAGCACACGAGGGCCUCCUGGCCUCCCAUCAGGCUUUUUCCUGCUGCUGCAAGUGCCUGCAGUUUGUCUCCCUCUACUGCAAUACUACUGCUACCGCACCACCCCCUCUACUACUAAUAGAACUAACCAAACUACUGCUUUGACUUCUAAACUCCAGCGUUUUAGUUGGAAGAACUUGAUGGGGGAAAAAAACAAUAAAGAUGUACCGAUUCUAAAGACGAAGAUUUAUUUGUUUGCUGAUCUCAAAUGGAGAUGUGCGGAGUGGCUGUUUUUUUGUUGAUUGUGCUGAUAGUAGCUGGACAUGAGUGAACUGUAACCUUUGCCCCCAUUCUUGAAUCCACCGGAUUGUGACUAACUAAUUCCCUAAAUCUGUGUGUAAUACAACUGGAAAGUUCGAUGUCAUUCUGAUGUUAAAUAUCUGCUGUUGGGCGAACGAAGCUCAGACCGCCUGCUGUGGAAAGCAGGGCACUUACUGCCUCUACUACAACAACAAACAUAUCAAAUGCUCGCAGUCAAACAAUACAACACUGACAUCAGCCUGGAAUAGCUGUGGCGUGUCGAUGUAAAGGAGCUUGAAAUUUCCCAUGAGCUGUUUAAAGUGGUUUUCUGAUUCAGAAAGCCUUUCAGCGCUCUUUCACCAUACAAUUUCCCAGCUUAAAAUGAUUGACGUGGCUGAGCUGUGCUCUGAAAAAGGCUUUGCGUCGAACGAUAUGGUUUGAGCAUGCGGGCGCCGCCAUGGGAAAAUGGUGCUUUUCGAUUCGACAGACGGUGUUCAGGUGAAAGAGAAGGAUUUUUGCUGGAAAUUUUACACUGGUUCCACAGAGUAAUGCCGUUUUAUGCUAAAUAAUGCGGUUUUCUGUUGAGAGGCCCCAUUGUGUUAAUUUUACAAAGCUGAUGGAUUCAAAACGGCCGAUUCUUGUUCUGAAGUUUUGAUGUGAUUUGAGCCUCUAGCUUCGUUUAGUGCCAGUAGAGGCAGUUCACACCGAAUUGAUCAUGCUCACGCUUUCGUAUUCUCACUUAAACCACAGAUUGUUAGUAGGUUUGUAACACUGAAAAUAGAUGGCCUCUCUGCCCAUAACAGACCAUAUCACAAGUUGUUUGAACACUAAACAUCAAGUCUUUCUGCAGACUGUGCAGCCGAGUCUAUUUCCGAACACCACCAUCUCAAGUCUCUCAUGUAGUCUGCUGAGCAAACCUGCCCCGUUUAUGGCUUCUUACAAUGGACUUCAGUAGCUAUCGAGCGUUUGGUUCGAGGCCGAUCAACCUCUUUCUCUCUUUCCAUCAAGACCAUUUCUCUCAUCUUUAGGGUGACUUUUCCAAAGCAACAGGGAGUACGUCUCGUACUGGGAGAAAGCACAAGUUACUGCAUAGUCUUGGGUGUCAGUGAUUUAAAAGGGAUCUAACCCAUCUCUGCCAUAUAUGUACAGCAUGUUUUGUAUAUAAAUAUAUAUAUAUAUAUAUAUAUAUAUAAAUCUAUUUUAUUAUUAUUGGGAUUUCUGGUUAUUUUUCAAUGGAGGACACUACUUUGAGUCUUGGGGGAGUCACGCUUCGGUGUAUCUGUGCAUGCGGAGGGGUCCGACUCUCUCUCUCGACAGAAUCAUGAAGUCUGGGGAAUGAAUCGGUUAUCUGCUUUUGCACAACUAUUGUAAAAUAGUACACCAUCCUGUAUUUUGUUUUCUUUUUUAAUUUUAGUUAUAUGGAGGAUCAUUUUAUUUAAAAACUGU